AUGGAAGGAAAUGUUCCUAAUCCACAAGAGGGAGUGGCUAACAACAAUGGCCAGCCUCAAAGGAGGGUUCUAGCCUCCUAUACUUUUCCUAAUCCAAGGCACUAUGGGAGUAGCAUACUGACUCCAAAUGUCAAUGCAAACAACUUUGAAUUGAAGCCUCAACUCAUCACAUUGGUGCAAAAUAAUUGUUCUUAUGGAGGAGGUCCCUUGGAAGAUCUAAACCAACACCUAUCCACCUUCCUAAGGAUAUGUGACACAGUGAAAACCAAUGGUGUGCAUCCUAACAUUUACAAAUUAUUGUUGUUUCCAUUUUUCCUAAGAGACAAAAUUGCUCAAUGGUUGGAGGCAUUUCCAAGAGAAAGCAUCAACAAUUGGGAAGAUCUAGUGAACAAGUUCUUAGCCAAGUUUUAUCCUCCCCAAAGGAUCAUCAGACUCAAAACAGAGGUCCAAACAUUCACUCAGAUAGAUGGAGAGUCAUUGUAUGAUGCCUGGGAGAGAUACAAAGCUCUAUUCAAAAAGUGCCCGCCAAAAAUAUUCAGUGAAUGGGAUAGACUCCAAAACUUCUAUGAAGAAUUGACACUGAGAGCUCAAAAAGCACUUGAUUAUUCUGCUGGAGGCUCAGUACAACUCAUGAAGAUAGCGGAGGAGGCUCAAAAUCUCAUUGACACUGUAACAAACAACCAAUACUUCUAUGGUCAUCAAAGGCACCGCCAACCAGCUCAAAGGAAGGGUGUAUUAGAGCUGGAAGGUGUGGAUACCAUCUUAGCUCAAAACAAGGUGAUGCAUCAACAAAUCCAACAACAAAUGGAGAUGAUGGCCAAGAGGAUUGAUGGCCUCCAAGUUAUAGCAGUGAAUACAAGUCAACCAUCACCUAUAUGGGGGCAAAAUGAGGAAAACUAUGAAGAGAGUCAGCAAGAACAAGUCCAGUAUGUGCACAAUCAAGGUUCCGGUCAGAAUAAGUUCCAUGGAGACACUUAUAACUCAUCCUGGAGGAACCACCCAAAUUUGAGAUGGGAAGACAACCAAAACCAAUAG